AUGCUGGUGUUUCUAGCCAAUGGCGACUUGCUCAUGUACUCGGCUGCACCAAAGUUCGAGAGUUUAAAGCCUCGAGCCAACGGAGAAAUCGCCCCCGUCUUCCAUUUCGUACGCGUGGGGACCGAGCUGAUCACGCGCCCAUUUCUGCCCCCCAAGGCGCGUACGAAUGCGCACAAUGAAGCUGGCAAUAACCCGGAAGUCAACACCAGCGCAGUGCUAGCGAAACUUCGCGCCGGCUUCCGGUAUCCCAUGCUGACGUGCUUCUACAACGUCAACAAUAUGAGCGGCGCGUUCUUCCGAGGAGCUCACCCGAUGUGGAUCCUGGGAGACCGUGGCCACGCGUCCUUCGUCCCCAUGUGCUGCUGA